UAAACACAUUUUUGCUAAAUCGAUUCUGAUUAAUGAGCACUUGUGAUGCAAUAUUGCCGCUCGGAAAACGACCCUCUUUGAGCAGUCUAUAGAAUUAUGUUAUUGAUCAUGCCAAGAGACCCACAGUGUUGUCAUAUCUAAACUGUCAGUUUAGCAGAAAAUGAGCAUUUUGACACUUUAUCUACGCUACGGUGGCUCCCUCUCAUAAUAACGCUGGAUCAACAGUAAUUAACACGUGCAGUAAAAAAUUUGUUUUCGUGGUUAUGUUCAUGGAGGAAGGAUAGUUAUGUUGAAUAUUUAAAUAUAUUUUUUCAGUAUUGUGUUUAAAUUUAGGUUUUAAAAUGGAAACAAAUGGGAUGAAAACAGAAAAUGGAGAAAGUGAGGAAGAUGAAAUUGCGUCGGAUGUUGAAGAUUGUGAUGAUGAAAAUGAAAAUAGUUUAUUUGUUAAGUGUGAAUGUUUAGUUGAAGAAUCUGUAACCAAUAAUUAUAUUUUACACUUGGACACUACAAAAGAAAGUAAUCCAAAUAUUGUUGUGGCUACACCGAAAAAGUCUGUAUUGUAUCAUCUUCAAAAUAGUCAGAUCGCAAAAGUUGGAGAAUGUCUCGAUUAUAAAUCAAAAUUAAUCGGUUGUAAAUUUAGCAACAAAGAUCCAAAUUUAUUCUACACUGGCUCAAGUGAUGGGUGUAUAAAGCUCUUUGAUUUAAGGACACCACUUAAACCUGCACUUGACUUUAGAGAUACCACAGUUGAAGAUAACAAAUUUAAAACAUUUAAUUGUUUUGAUGUAUCAUCCAAUGAUAGAUUGUUAACAGCAGGUACAGAUACCAUAGGUGGUGAUGCUUUUAUAUUAUUUUGGGAUACCAGAAAACAAAAUGUGUUAGGAGGAUAUUGGGAAAGUCACACUGAUGAUAUAACUCAGGUAAAAUUUCAUCCAGAAGAUAUGAACAAAUUAAUAUCUGGCGCUAUAGAUGGUUUAAUAAAUGUAUACGACUUGACUAAAACGUCUGAGGAUGAUGCUCUGGUAGAUACUCUCAACACAGAAUCUUCUAUAGAUAAAUUAUCUUGCUUUUAUAAUGACAACAAGUGUUGUAUUAGUUGUAUUACCUACACUUCAGACUUACAACUAUGGGAUUUAGAUGAUGGAGAACCAUAUAGAAGAAUAAGCAGAUUGGACAUUUCUGAUUUAACAAUAAAAGAUGUAAAUGAACUUUAUCUAGCAAAUUGUCACCAAAUGAGAGAUGGUCUUUUAAUAUUAGCAGGGUCUUACUCUAAGAAGAAAAGCAUUUUAAGAGGUUUAAAGGUGAUGAAGAAAAUUGUUGUCCCAUCUCUCCAAUUCACACCUAAUAGACAGAUGGUGAGAGAUAGUUCAUUCAAUGAAAAUAAUAAUAUUUUGUUCACUGUGGGAGAGAAAGGACUUUUAAAUAUUUGGAAGGUACCGAAACCGUUUUUAUAAAUAAAUAAUACACUUAGUAAUAACA